UUUUAGUGUAUAAAAGCCCUUGCAAAACCCUAAUCCACUGUCGACCACCUCUCUGCCUCUGCGUCUUGGAAUUCUUGAGAAGGCAGCCAUGGGGAAGGUGAAGGGCAAGCACCGUUUGGACAAGUACUACAAACUAGCCAAAGAGCAUGGCUACCGCUCCCGAGCUUCAUGGAAGCUUGCCCAGCUCGACACCAAGCACCAAUUCCUCCACUCUGCUCACGCCGUCCUCGACCUCUGCGCCGCCCCCGGCGGAUGGAUGCAAGUCGCUGUGCAGCGCGUGCCCGUCGGCAGCCUCGUGGUCGGCGUCGACCUAGUCCCCAUCGCCCCGGUCCGCGGCGCCUUCUCCAUCCAGCAGGACAUCACCAAGCCCGAGUGCACGGCCAGGCUCAGAAAGCUGAUAAAGGAGAAUGGGUGUUCGGCUUUCGAUUUGGUGCUUCAUGAUGGGUCGCCUAAUGUCGGUGGCGCGUGGUCUUCGGAGGCGACGGCUCAGAACGCUUUGGUCGUUGAUGCGGUGAAGUUGGCUACUCAGCUUUUGGCUCCCAAAGGAACAUUUAUUACUAAAAUCUUCAGAUCGCAGGAUUAUAAUGCUGUCUACUAUUGUAUGAAGGAGCUAUUUGAGAAGGUUGAACAGGAUAAACCAGCAGCUAGUCGUAGCUCAUCUGCUGAGACAUAUCUUUUGGGUUUUAAGUACAAGGCUCCUGCAAAGAUUGAUCCGCGCCUACUUGACGUGAAGCAUCUAUUUAAGUCUGUAGAACCUCAGAAGAAGGUGGUAGAUGUACUAAGAGGAACAAAGCAAAAAAGACACCGUGAUGGGUAUGAAGACGGAGACACAAUUUUGAGAAAAGUGUCUUCUGCUGCUGCUUUCAUUUGGUCUGAUGUUCCUCUUGAUAUCCUGGGUUCUACUACAUCCAUAAGCUUUGACGAUGAGGCAUCUUUACUCAUCAAGGAUCAUGCUUUAACAACAGAAGAGGUUAAAACUCUCUGUGAUGAUCUGCGUGUUUUGGGGAAGCAAGAUUUCAAGUACCUUUUGAAGUGGCGGAUGCAGAUAAAAAAGGCCUUAUCUCCGUCCCAUAAGACUGUCGCUUCUACUACAGAUGUUGAAAAGGAGGAGAAUAAGGAGGAUAAGGAUGAUGGUGAAGACAAAAUACUCAAUGAAAUGGAGGAGCUGACGUAUGCUAUGGAGCGCAAGAAGAAACGAACAAAGAAGCUUCUAGCAAAAAGACGAGCUCAAGACAAGGUACGGAAAGCAACAGGGAUGCAAAUAGAUGCACUGCAAGAUGGUUAUACUGACAAUGAGUUGUUUUCCCUCUCUUCCAUUAAGGGUAAGAAUGAUCUGGUAGCCGUUGAUUCCACUGAAUAUGAUGGUGAGAAUGGUGACCUUGGAGAUGGUGAAAAUGAGGAAACCCAUGAAAAAACCCAAGAAGCAUCAUCCAGUGAUAUGGACACUGAAGACGAACGCAGAAGAUAUGAUGCACAAAUGGAAGAUCUUUUCGAUAAGGCUUAUGAACAGUACACGUCCAAAAAGGAGGGAAGUGCAAAGCAGCGGAAACGUUUAAAACAAGCACAUUCUGAAGACACUCAACUUUUGGAGGAGGUGGAUGGCAGUGAUAUUGUUCAGUCUGAUUAUGAUUCAGACAAAGACCAGGGUAUCCAGGAAUCAAAUCCUCUAUUGGAAGCACUUGACGAGGGGGAUGGACCUACUCAAGAGGAAAUUACGAAUAACUGGUUUAGUCAGGAUAUCUUUGGCGAAGCUGUAGAGCAGGGGGAUUUGGAGAACUCUGGUAGUGAAGAUGAAAUGCAGGUUGAAAGGCAGGAGAAAUUUCCCUUGCUGGAAAAGGCCAACGAAAAGACUGCAAUUCAGAGUGGUAAGGAAAAUAAUGCAAUUCACAAUGCCAAGAAUAAGAGUGAAAAUGACCAUAAACUUAAAGCUUCAAAGGCAGAUGAUGAUUUUGAGAUUGUCCCUGCUCUGGGUACAGAUUCAAGUGAUGACUCGUCAUCAGAUGAAUCUGAGGAUAUGAAUAUAGAUAAAAAAGCCGAGAUACUGGCGUGUGCAAAGAAAAUGUUGAGGAAAAAGCCAAGGGAACAGAUGCUUGAUGAUGCCUAUAACAAGUACAUGUUUGAUGAUGACGGCUUGCCCAGAUGGUUUUUAGAUGAGGAGAAGAGGCACCGUCAACCAAUUAAACCAGUGACCAAAGAAGAGAUUAAUGCCAUGAAAGCACAAUUCAAAGAAAUUGAUGCCCGCCCUGCAAAGAAGGUGGCAGAGGCUAAAGCUCGAAAGAAGCGAGUUGCCUUUAGGAAGCUUGAGAAGGUUCGGAAGAAGGCAAACACAAUAUCGGACCAGCCAGACAUUUCUGAUCGUUCAAAGAGGAAGCAAAUUGAACAAAUGUACAAGAAAGCUGCGCCCAAAAGGCCUCAAAAGGAGUAUGUGGUUGCAAAGAAAGGAGUUCAAGUCAGGGUUGGCAAGGGUAAAGUACGUGUGGAUCGAAGGAUGAAAAAGGAUGCAAGGGGUAGUGGACCAGGUAAAAGGCCUGGAAAAGGCAAUUCAAAGAAAGGAAAAACUGCUGCCAAGGGUGAGAGAGGAGGCAAGGGUGCUGGAAAGGGUGACAGAGGCAAGGGGCCGGGGAAAGGAAAGGCUUCAGGAAAGCCAACAGGCAGGAAGGGUAGGAAGUGAGAAAUAUGGGCAAGCAAGCACGACUGAGCUUCCGUGCGAUAGGGUGUUCGUUAGUUUGCAUGAUCAAUUUUGUUUUUCUUCUGCUAUCUCAAUUUUUAUUUGUUGGAAUAAGUUAUAGUUCAUUUUUUGUAGCCAUCGUUGUUAAAACUUAAUCCUUCAGGAACGAAACAGUUUUUUGUAAGGUUAUGAGGGGUUUUACUUGGGUCUAUGUAGUUUAUGCAAAAACAGUUAGUUCGUUAGUCCCCAUGGUGAAAUUGAAGUUUUGGUGUCCCUAUAGUUUGAACAA